ACAGCGUAUGGAAAAUGUAAAUUUGAACAGCAGGGAAGAGCGGAGGAAGACAGAACGAGAGAGAAAAGGAGCGGAGAAAAAUAAUAAUACAGAAAAUGAGAAAAUAUUAAAGAAGAAGAGGGAGGGAUAAAGAUAAAGAAGAAACGGGCGGUUUUAGAGUUUUAGUAUCAACCCCCCAACCCACGCACGGACGCUUGCCUUGCUUGCCUUUGAUUUCAUACCCAACACCCCCCCCCCCUCUCUCACCUCCUCGCUCUCUCUCAUUCAAUGCUUUACCCAACUCUACCCCCCUCCUUUUUCUUCCAUUUCAACCCCUCCUCCUCCUCCUCCUCCUCUGCAUCCCCCUCUCCUUCUCCUCCUCUUCCUUCCUUCUCCUUCCCUCCCGUUCAGGCCCAAGGGGAAAUGGAAUGCGUGGAGAGAGCGUUGAAGAGCAGUUUGAGACCGGCGAUUGUGGCCAAAACGACCCCACAACAGGGAUUUCUCGAUGAUUUCUGGGCGCCCACUGGCCAGACUGGUGCUGCUUCCGUUGACGAAUUUUUCGUCGACGACCUUCUUGACUUCUCUAAUGGAGGCGUCGCAGAUGGGUCUUUGAAGGAAGAGCCAGAGGAGGAAGAAGAAGACGAACAAGGAGUCCACAGAGGCUGCGCCUCCCUUUCCCCAAAACAAGAGCCAACGGAGGACUGUCAUAAUUACUCUAAACUCAGCACCAGUUUUGCUCUCAAAGACGAGUUUGGCUCUCUUCCCGCCGGCGAACUUUCCGUUCCGGCGGAUGAUUUGGCGGACCUUGAAUGGUUGUCUCAUUUCGUGGAGGAUUCUUUCUCGGAGUACUCUUUAACGUACCCCGCCGGAAACUUACCGGAGAAACCCAGGAAUCACAGGGAAAAGAGGCCUGAACCCGAAGCCCCAAAACCCUGUUUCGCCACUCCUGUCCCGGCCAAGGCCAGGAGCAAACGGGUCCGCACCGGCGGCCGGGUUUGGUCCUUGGGGUCUCCUUCCGGCACCGACUCGUCCUCAACCUCUUCAUCUUCGUCCAUGUCCUCGUCCCCUCCGAACCCCUGGCUCGUCUACGGAACUCAGACUAACUCGGAAUCGUUCAACUCGGAGCUAAAGCCUCCCACGAAGAGGCAGAAGAGAAGACCGGCAAACGAAUCGGUCGGCGCGACCCAGCCACCACGGCGGUGCAGCCACUGCCUGGUUCAGAAGACGCCGCAGUGGAGGACUGGUCCGCUGGGUGCCAAAACCCUCUGUAACGCAUGCGGGGUUCGUUACAAGUCGGGCCGGCUCUUGCCCGAGUACCGACCCGCCUGUAGCCCCACCUUCUCCAGCGACUUGCACUCGAAUAAUCACCGGAAAGUGCUGGAAAUGCGGCGGAAUAAAGAGAUUUCCGGACCAGAAUCCGGCCUGGCUCCGGCGGUUCAGAGUUUUUGAAAAUAGAAAAUUGGGUAGGGAUGGGGAACGAAUAGGAGGGGAGGAGGAACCGAUUAGGAGAAGACCCGAAUAGAGGCGGGUUGGGGCCGGGUUAUUGUCGGUUGGAGUGUACAAUGUCAUGGUGGGUGGGCAGGGAACGGAUUGGGGCCAUUUUAAUGUACUUGACCCGAACAAAAAAAAAGAAAAAAAAAAGUUAAUUUA